AUGACAUAUUUUUCUGAUAUCUACUUUGAUUACCUCGAUUACCUCACUCAUUCCCCUUAUCUUUCUUAUCUACCUUAUUUAUCUUACUUUUUUGUUCUUAUUUUAUGCAUAAUUCUACCCAGUUACCUUUUCUUUUACGAUAAAUUUAUCUUUGCCAAAAAAAAUUUACCGCCGUCAUCAUUAAAAAGGGAAAUUAAAGAGGAAGAUGACAUAUCUUCAUCCGGUGGUUUCGUCGCAUUACUUCGUAAACUUCAUGCUAAACAGGGUCCUGUUGUUUUAUCAAAAAUUCCUUUAGAGAAUACCAUUUCAGUAGUUGAUACUGCGAUAAUCAAAGAAUCAUUACAUAAUGGAGAUAGACCAAGAGAUUUAUUUAAAUUUUUAGAACCAAUAUUUGGAGAAGAUAAUCUUCAAGUUUUUGAUACUGAGAGAUCUCAAAGAUUCAGAAAAUUGACAGGAUCCGCAUUUGGGAAUCAAAGAAUUCGAAAUAUCGCAAUCAAUUUAGUCAAUAGAUGGGAAAAAAUUUUUAAUACUCAAGAAAAUGCCAUAAUUAAAAUGCAGCAAGAAUGUGGUGAAUUUUCUUUAAGGAUUACUGCAUAUAGUAUUAGUGGCGUCCAACUUCAAGAUUUAGAUUUUCAAAAAUUUAGAAAAGCUUAUGAUGCCAUUUUAAAUAAUGUAUAUGACAGACAAUUUGGAAUUGCCAGUGAUGAUAAAGAUUUUCAAAGUGGAUUUGAUUUUUAUAAUAACAUUUUGAAUAAAUUAAUUAAUACAAAAAUAAAUAGUGGGUAUCAAGAAAAUAAGGUUAAAGAUUUUCUUGAUAUUUUGAUUAGUGAAAAUAAUCCUGAUACAGGAGAACCUUUUAGUUAUGAAAUGGUAAGAGUCGCUAUCCCUUUUACAUUAUUUUCUUUAACCCAAUAUCCAGAUAUUCAAAAGAAACUUCAUGAGGAAAUUGAUCAAGUAUUAGAAGGACGUUUUCCUACUUUUGAAGAUUUGUCCAAGAUGAAUUACCUUACUCAAGUUAUAAAAGAAUCGUUAAGACUUCAUCCACCUGGAUCAUUUUGUGCUCGUUUAUUCAAAUCUUCUAACUUAUUCAAAUCAUCAUCAGAUGAAGAACUUUCUAUUACUUCAGGAACCGCAAUUCUCUAUCCUAUUCCAUUAUAUCAUGAAAAUCCCGAAUAUUUUGAUGAUCCGCUUACUUUUAAUCCUUCCCGUUUUUCUCCUGAAAAUAGUAAGAAAAUUAAACCAAAUGCUUGGUGUCCGUUUGGAUUUGGAGCACGUCUUUGCCCAGCUGAUAAAAUGGCUAUGAUGGAUGUUAAAUUGUUAAUAUCUUUAAUUUUACAAAAAUUCACAGUGGAAUUGGCUAUGAAAGUUGAAGAUGUGAUUAAGGAAGAAAGAUUUGUUAAUAUAUCUAAAAAUGAUAUUUUGGUGAAAUUAAUUCCAAGAAAUAUGUGA